AUGGCUCACAAUUCAGACGACGGAGAUUAUUCCUGGGACGAUGAUUCGGAGUUGGAGGAGGAAGAAGAAGAAGAAGAAGAAGAGCCGAGAAGGAGCCGGAGAAGAUCAAAUUCAGAUUCCGCCGGUCGAAGAGGCAAGAAAAGGAAGCCUUCGGGUUCCAUAUUCAUAGACAGCGAGGUCGCUGUAGAUGACGACGACGAAGAGUCCGAAGAUGACGAGCAAGAGGAUGGUUUCAUUGAGCAUGCUGCUGAGGAAGUUGAUCAUAGGCAAUUUAACAACGAACAAUUUCGUCCUCAUGUGAAUGAUGAGGAUGAUCUCGAACAGUUCGAUAAUCAGUAUUUUCAAGAAAGGUAUUCUAGGCUAUACAAUGCUAAUGAAUAUGAUAAUGAGCAUGAAGAGCUUACCGACGUUGACCAGCAAGCGCUUUUGCCAUCAGUUCGUGACCCAAAGUUGUGGAUGGUUAAGUGUGCGAUUGGUCGUGAAAGAGAGGUUGCUGUUUGUCUUAUGCAAAAAGUCAUAGAUAGAGGAUCAGAUUUCAAGAUCAGAUCUGUUAUUGCGCUUGAUCAUCUUCAGAACUAUAUAUAUGUUGAAGCCGAUAUGGAAGCUCAUGUCAAAGAGGUUAUCAAGGGCAUGCGGUAUAUUUUUGCAAAUCAUAAGAUUUUACUAGUCCCGAUAAAAGAAAUGGCAGAUGUUCUCUCUGUCAAGAGUAAAACAAUCGAUCUAUCACGAGAUACAUGGGUUAGGAUGAAACUUGGGAUAUAUAAAGGUGAUUUAGCUCAGGUGGUUGAUGUUGAUAAUGUGCGUAGGAGGGUCACAGUCAAGUUAAUCCCAAGAAUUGAUCUGCAGGUUCUAGCCAAUAAGCUGGAAGGAAGAGAGAUUGUGAAGAAACAAGCUUUUGUUCCACCUCCACGCUUCAUGAACGUGGAGGAGGCAAGGGAACUUCACAUACGGGUUGAGCACCGACGUGAUCGGAUGACUGGUGACUACUUUGAAAAUAUCGGUGGUAUGCUUUUCAAAGAGGGUUUCCUGUACAAAAAAGUAUCAACGAAGUCGAUUGCUGCUCAGAAUGUUACACCAACCUUCGAUGAACUUGAAAGAUUCAAGAAACCAAGCGAAAAUGGGGAGAUCGACUUUGUUGAUCUCUCGACUUUAUUUGCGAAUAGGAAAAAGGGUCAUUUCAUGAAAGGUGAUGAGGUUAUUGUUAUCAAGGGCGAUCUAAAAAAUAUGAAGGGUUUGGUUGAGAAAGUAGAUGAAGAGACUGUUCUUAUAAGAUCAGAGCUGAAAGGUCUUCAUUAUCCUCUUGCUGUAAAUGAGAGAGAGCUUUGCAAAUACUUUGAACCUGGAAAUCACGUGAAGGUUGUUUCGGGCACCCAUGAAGGAGCAACUGGCAUGGUUGUCAAAGUUGAUCAGCAUGUGCUUAUCAUUCUGUCUGACACGACCAAAGAACAUAUCCGUGUCUUCGCUGAUCACGUCGUCAGGAGUACAGAAAUGAGUAAUGGUGUCACAAAAAUGGGAGACUAUGAACUUCAUGAUCUUGUGCUUCUAAGCAACUUGAGCUUUGGAGUAAUUAUAAAACUUGAUAGUGAAGCUAUCCAGGUUCUUAAGGGGGUUCCUGAAAGACCGGAGGUUUCAAUUGUCAAACACGGAGAAAUAAAGUGCAAAAUUGAGAAGAAAAUCAAUGUGCAAGACCGUUACAAAAAUGUCAUCACGGUGAAAGAUGUUGCCAGGGUCAUUGAGGGUCCUAGCAAAGGUAAACAAGGUCCAGUGGUACAAAUCUACAAAGGAGUGUUAUUUAUACAUGACCGGCAUAGCGUUGAGCACACUGGAUUUAUCUGCGCUAAAUGCCAGUCUUGUGUUCUUGUUGGUGGCAAUUUCAAGACACCAGCCCUGGUACCUCCGUCUCCAAGAAGAUUUCAACGGGCAGACUUGGGAUAUAACUCUGGAGCUGGAGGAAGACAUUGGGGUGGAAGAGGAGGAAGGGGUAACGAUCUUUUGGUCGGUGCUUAUGUGAAAGUUCGUGUGGGGCCUUUCAAGGGAUAUAGGGGUCGUUUAGUAGAAGUCAAAGAUAAGACAGUGCGUUUGGAACACGAGGCAAAGAUUGUGACAGUUAAUCGGGAUGCAAUAUCAGUUGCAACUGAUAAUGUAGCUACACCUUCUCAGUAUAAUAUGGGAAGCCAAACUCCCAUGCAUCCUUCACGGACUCCACUUCAUUCUUGUAUGACUCCAAUGCGGGAUUCUGGAGCUACACCUAUCCAUGAUGGAAUGAGGACACCCAUGCGUGAUAGAGCUUGGAAUCCUUACACGCCCAUGAGUCCUCCUCGGGAUAACUGGGAAGAUGGAAACCCAAGAUCUUGGGGAACAAGUUUACAGUAUCAGGUCGGCGCGGGAUCAAAGUUUUUGUAGGCCCUAGGGCAAGAUUCAAAAAUAGGCUUUCUGACAUAAAAACAUGUAAUCGUUAG